AUGAAGUUGUCCUUCAACCUGCCGCUGCUGCUCUCGGCUGCCUUUAUGGCAGCGCCUGCGCUGGCUCUGCCAAACCUCCACGCCAUGAUGGCUCCUGGACCCAACGGCGAGCCUUCGCACCUUGAAAAGCGUCUCCUCUCGGCUAACCCGCUGCACCUGAACAACCUGUUCAACGACAUCAAGAACAAGGUUGCCGAGCUGAACAGCAACGUCACCGUUCCUGACGUGGGCAGCCUGCUCAACACCAAGAUUACUGAUAUCACGCCCGAAAGCAUCUACAACACCUUUGGCAUUCGACGAGACCUUGGACUCUUGCCGCCCGCCGAAGACAAGUACCACCCGUGGCAGCCUCCUCCCAAGGGUGCCAAGCGUGGACCUUGCCCUGGUCUCAACACAAUCGCCAACCACGGCUACCUUCCUCGCAGCGGUGUGAUUAACCCGAUCGAUCUGAUCGUCGGUACGUUCCUCGGCCUCAACCUCAGCCCAGACCUUGCUGGUAUCCUGGCUGCUAUCUCGUUUGUCGGCAUGGGUGACCUGCUGCAGAUGAAAUUGUCCAUCGGCGGCCGAUACGGACUUGGCGGCGGCUUGAGCCACCACGGUAUCCUCGAAGGCGAUGCUUCAGUGACGCGUAAAGAUAACUACUUUGGCAACAGCUGGGACGCUGACCCGAAGCUAGUCAAGCAGUUCAUCCAGGAGACCAACACUUACGGCAAAGGAAACGUCAACAUUUGGUCGCUCGCCAACUCGCGCUACCGUGCUUGGGAUUAUGGCCGCAAGAACAACCCGGUUUUCGACUUCAACCCCUGGCGAAUGCUCGUCGCAUACGGCGAGAGUGGUUUCGUGCACGAGGUUCUGCGUGGCUCUUUUGUCAAGUUCGACGAGACCAUGAUCAAGAACUGGUUCAUUGAUGAGAGGUUCCCCAAGGGCUGGUCCAAGAGGAUUGUGCCCAUGACGACUCCCGAGAUUCUUGCUUGGGCCGGUAUUGUGUUUGUGGCCAAGCCGACGAUUCCUGGUUGGAGCAUCGGCAAGGGCGCUUUCAUCCCCCUGCCCACCACUGAUGGCGCUUACCAGGAGCUCAAGUCGCUCCUCGACCCCAAAACCACCGGUGCCACGCUCGAGUCGCUGCUCUGCGAUGCUAGCAAUGCUGUCCUUGGCUUUUUCCCCUCGCAGAUCACCAACCUGCUUGGCGUUAUUGGCAUCAAGGGUGUUGGCGCCCAAUUCAAGUGCAAAUAA